AUGGACCCAGAAGUAUUCAACAUUACUACCAAUCAUACACCCAAUGUCACGGCUGAAGCAAUUGCUCGACCAGUAAACGAAACGGAAACGGAAAAUCGUGAAUUGGUUGAAUUGAACCAUGUACGAGUCCAAGAUAGAUCAAUUCGAGUGCAUGACGUUUCCAACUCGACAGCCGUAUUAGAAGCCCCCGACCAUGCCGAUGAAUCUUUCCCUGACGGUGGCUUACGAUCAUGGCUAGUAGUCUUCGGCUCAUUCUUCCUGCUCAUGGGCUCUUAUGGCUUGAUGAACACGGUUGGUGUCAUGCAAUCUUACAUUGAAGCGCAUCAACUAUCUACAUAUUCUACGACGGCAGUUGGAUGGAUAUUCAGCGUUUUCAUAUUUGUCACCCUUCUUCUUGGAGUCUUCGUUGGUCCUUUGUUUGACUCUCAUGGGCCUAAAUUGUUAGUUUAUGCAGGAUCAGCAAUAACCGUUCUGAGCCUUUUCCUCUUCGCAGAAUGCACAAAGUAUUGGCAAUUCUUCCUCUGUUUUGGCAUUCUGGGUGGAAUCGGAGCUGCGCUUGUUAGUACAGUUGCUAUGUCCUGCGUUCCACACUGGUUUCAUGUACGAGCCGGUAUGGCGAUGGGGACUGCGUUGGCUGGGUCCGGUUUAGGUGGUGUCGUGUUCCCAUUUAUGCUGCGAGCAGGGUUUUCAAAUCUCGGCUUCAAAUGGACAAUCCGAAUACUCGCCAUUGUCGUCGGAGCUUGUUGUGGCCUUGGCUCUUUCAUGGUCAGAACAAGAUUACCUAAAACAUUUUCAAAAGCAGUGAUCAAUUUGAAAUGUUUCAAAGAUAUGCGUUUUACGUGGUUAAGCGCUGGUGCAUGGUGUCUUGAACUAGAAUUCUUUUCCCUCAUGGGCAUCUACCCAACUUUCAUCAUUGCCCAGGGCUUUUCAGCCGACACAAGUAUUUAUCUCCUUGUUAUUCUCAAUGUGUCAUCUCUCUUCGGUCGCUUGAUUGCUGGUCGUUUAGGUGAUCGCUACGGCCGCCUAAACACAUUGAUGACGAUCAUUGUUGUUGGAAUACUGUGUAUAUUCUCCAUUCUUUACCCAUUCAGUCACUCCCUUCCAGCCCUGUACACAUUUAGUUGCCUAUACGGCUUAGCAUCCGGGUCAUUCAUCAGUCUUGCGCCAGUGUGUAUCCGGCAGGUUUCUGAUGUCAAGGAGAUCGGAUUACGUUUCGGAACAUGUUAUUCUUUGGUUAGCUUUGCAACACUGAUCAGUAUUCCUAUUGCUGGCGAAAUACUGGGAAAGGUUGGCUCAAAAGCAUUGGUGCUGUGGAUAGGCGCUGUUUUGGUGUGGACAUUGGGGUUGUUUAUUAUGGCGCGUUGGACAUGCCAGGAGUACCGAUGGAAAUGGUUAAUGAAAGUUUGA